GACUGACGGAGGGGAGAGCGCCGCACUGCAGCACCGACACGCCGCCAACAGGAGGCCAGACGGACCGAGGACGUGAGCGCCGAACUCCCUAAAAAGCAACACGAAAAAGGAGCAGGAGUGAAGUCAUGAUGCUUCUCACGCUCCUUUUUGUCUCCACCGCUGUGGCUACCCCUCUACUGGGAACUGAGCAGUGUGCUCGUGGCCCCCCCUACUGGUGCAAAAAUGUUAAGACUGCCUCCCUUUGUGGUGCCGUUUCCCACUGCCAGCAAAACGUGUGGAACCAGCCUCAGAUGAAAUCUGUGCCAUGUGAUCUGUGCAAAGAGGUGCUGGUUGUGGUGGAACAGCUUCUUAAGGACAAUUCCACUGAGGCUGAGAUUCUUGGCUACAUGGAGAAAGCAUGUCAGUUGAUCCCAGAUGAGAGCUUGGCAGCUGAGUGCAAAGAGAUGGUGGACAAUUAUUACCCCAUCCUCAUGGGCAUCAUUAAAGGAGAGCUGGAGGACCCAGGUGUGGUGUGCGGUGCCCUCGGCCUGUGUGUGUCCCAGGAGGAGGCUCUUGCUCAGCUUGUGUCCAAUGAGAUUCCUCAGGUGGAUCUGACCCAGAGGGUCAACCCCUUGCUGCUUAAUGUCCCUCAGCUCCUCUACCCCCAGGAGACUGCCAAGAAAGUGGAGGAGACCCCCAAACAGACAAGUGAUGUUGUGUGUGACGACUGUGUGAAGUUCGUCACUGAUGCUCAGGCGGAGGCCAAGAAGAACGUCACCUUUGUCAACUCUCUGAUUGCGCAGAUCGAGGCCCAGUGUGACCUGCUGGGGUCUGGCCUUGCCGAAAUGUGUAAGCAGUAUAUUAGCCAGUAUGCACCUCUCAUUCUUCAGCAGCUCAUGUCUAUGGAGCAGCAACCCAAAGAUAUCUGCUGCCGUGCUGGCUUCUGUGACUCCAGCCCCAAGUCUGUGCCCAUGCAGACUCUGGUAGCUGCAAAAACCAUUCGUGCUAUGAAAACCUUCCCUGCUGCCAAAGUGGUAGAGGCUGCCUCCAUCAAGCCUGCCAAGAAGAUGGUGCGUGCACGUGAAUCCCCUCAGUGUGCCAUCUGUGAGUUUGUGAUGAAGGAGCUGGAGGACAUGAUCCAGGACCAUACCACUGAGGAGGAAGUGGUGCAGGCUGUGGAAAAAGUGUGCAACAUUCUUCCCUCCACACUUACUGCUCAGUGCAAGGACCUGAUUGAGACCUAUGGCCAAGCAAUUAUCGAGCUGCUGGUGCAGGAGGCUGAUCCAAAGACCAUCUGCAGUGUGCUGGGCCUGUGUGCGGGAGCCAACCGCGCUUUCAUCCCUAUGCUGGAGAAAGCAAAGUUUGAGGCUGGUGGGUUCUGUGAUGUGUGCAAGAUGGCUGUGCGCUACGUGGAUGGCAUCCUGGAGCAGAACGCCACUGAAGCAGAGAUUGAGGAGGCAGUCAAGAAAGUCUGCAACUUCCUGCCUGACGAAUUCAAGACUCAGUGUGAUCAGCUUGUUGAGCAGUACGAGCCUUUGCUGAUCCAGCUGCUGCUCCAGACACUCGACCCUGACUUUGUCUGCAUGAAGCUGGGUGCGUGUCCUGAGGUAGUGCAGCAGCUGCUGGGUAUGGAGCAGUGCAGCUGGGGGCCCGCCUUCUGGUGCAAGAACAUGGAGACCGCAACCCGCUGUAAUGCGGUGUCUCACUGCAGACGUCACGUUUGGAGUUAGAGGACCCGAGUGGCCAAACUGACCAGAGGAUCUAAAGGAGAAUUUCUGUAGUGCUGCUUUCCCUGUUUUAAAACAAAUCAGCCCUUCCCUGUUACUUUUUCCUUUUUAAAAGAUGAUGCAGGUUUAAAAUGAAGUGCUGCCAAAACUAAUUGAACGAGUGGUUUCAGGGCACUAUGGAAGAGAGGUGUGUAAUUAUUAUGGAAGAGGCGGGGGGUUUGGUGGGAGGGGUCUGACUGACAAGAAGCUGUGUCUAAACUGGAACUAAGCCUAGCUUCAACUGCUGAUUUCAUUUGUUCUAGAACAGUGGGUGUUUUUUUGGUAUUUUUAUUUUGUUUUUUUGUUUUUUUUUUUCCCUGAGUUUUAGGUUGUAUCUUGUGGAAAUAAACUUGUGUACAUGUAAAUGGGUGCUGGGGUAGGAGGAGUUUGUGCCUUGAUGGAACAGAGGGGUCUCAGACCCCCCAGACUGAAUGAAAAGUCACAAUUUUAAGUUGUGUUAAAUCUCUGCCCCUGCACUGUAGGCCAGUGAACUGAAUUUAGAACUUGUUUUGAGUAAAAUUCGAGUCCUACACUGAUUCUCAUCAUAUUAUUUACAUCUGUUUAAUUGAAAGCAAGAGAAGUUUGUGUGACCUGUCAUGUUAAUCAAACCCACUUUGUCUUUACUGAUUGGCCCUCAUUGCUUCUUGAUUGAAAUGUUUGUCUGCCAAACAGUCAUGAGCUUCUCAGUCUGCUUCAUUGUUAAUGCUGAACCAUUUCUUGGAAUCUAAAAUUUUAUGGAAAUUAAAUUGACCUAUAUCAAUUUUAAAAUGCCAUUUUAGUAAAGAUGUACAAUAAAACAAGUACCAGUU